GAACUUUAUACUUGAAAGUGUUGUUGAUGUUUUGUCAGUGAGAAAGAUGAGCGUAUGUAAAGAAAAGAUUUUGAAAGUUUACACAGGAUAAAGGAAACAAUUUUUUUAAAAAAUAUGGGAAAAAUUGAGUCCGUUGUAUAUCAAUAUUUAUAUAUAUGUUUAUUCAUAUUUAUUAAAACAGAAAAUGGUGCUUCGUCAUCGUCUCUUCUCAGAAUCGCACCAUCUACACGUAUUUACGAAAAUUCUGGUGUUACGAUAUUAAAGAAUACAUACACAACGAAAUUAUCGACAAAUACUAUAUCCACUGUACAUAAAAAAACGAAAACAAAAACCGUUUCAAUGCAUUUUUCGCAAAUAUCGACUAUAUCAACAUUCUCGUGUACAAAGACAUCGUUAGGAGACCGUAAAUGCGAAAAAUUCUCAGGUUCAUUUUGCGCCGACAUAUUACGAAAAGAUAACCGCACGAAAGUAUCGCGAAACUGUACUUCUAAAUUUUCAAUCACGGACGUAACGUUGCAAAAAAUGUUUCAUCUGUUGGAGAAAGGUUAUCGCACAGACAAAAGUUGCCUUGAUGCUAUGAAAUGGCUAACGUGUUCAGUUAUGUUCCCAUCAUGCAAUACUACUGUUUCUUUGACUCGAUUACCUUGCCAAGAAGUUUGCUCCGUUGUUAAAGAUAGAUUAUGUCUUAAAUAUUGGCGCGAUUUCGUGGACCUGCAAGAAACUCUUUUUAACUACAUUGUGAUACCAUCAUGCAUUUCGUUACCAAGAAACGACAACAAUGGCGUUUGUGAAUAUCCUGCGUUUAUAAAAGAACUAAUUUCUCACAAUUUGUCUGACACUCAUGGUAAGAAGAAUAUCAUCAUUGGCGUUUCAGUGGGCGUGUCUAUUGUUAUCACGGUAAUGCUUGUGAUUGGUUUGAUGUGUUGUAGAACACGCCCCAAGCACAUAACAACACAACUUUCAAUGAAAGACGUUAAAGAAGUACACCAAGCUGUCGAUAACACAAAAAGAUUUAGUGUAGUCGAUAUAUUAGGUGAAACUAAUCCAGAAUAUGAAAGCAUAGAGACACUCGUGGAUGCUCUUGGGAUAAGAGUUUUUGGUAAAGAGAAUUUAUCUUUUGAUCAGAAUUUGGGAGAAGGCGCUUUUGGAAAGGUUGUGCGAUGCAAAACAAGAAAUAUACGAGAUGCUUCGAAUAUCAAUUUAGUUGCUGUGAAGUAUUUGAAGCCAAAUGCAUCCAGUGAAAUGGAAAGCACAUUCCUGAAAGAAGUAGAAAUUUUAUCUAACUUUGAUCAUCCUAAUGUGAUACCUCUAGUGGGAGUGUGUUUGGAUCCUGAAGGACCAAUGUGUCUUGUUUUAGAGUACAUGGAGCAGGGUGAUUUAAAUCAAUAUAUACGUGCGAGAUCUGGAUCUUAUCAUGCAGUUGCUGGUAGUUAUGGCAACUUACCUGACGGCAUUGAUUAUAAUCCUCCUGAACUUUCCUAUUAUAACCUUCUGCUCAUCACAAGUCAGGUUGCAGAAGGCGUGCAUUAUCUGUCGACGAAACGAUUUGUUCAUAGAGAUAUCGCAUCACGAAAUAUACUUGUAGGUAAAAAUUUACAGGUGAAGAUAUCGGAUUUCGGGUUGGCUCAUGAUAUUUAUGGCUCGGACUACUACAGAGUUGACAGUCAAAAGAUGCUUCCAUUAAGAUGGUUAUCACCAGAAGCUUUAACUUUGGGUAAAUUUACCAUCUAUUCAGAUAUUUGGGCGUUUGGCGUAACUAUGUGGGAGAUAUUCACGUACGGAAUGCAACCAUUUUACGGGUGUACUAAUGAAGAGGUCUGUCAGCGUAUAAGGUGUCAUAAAAAUUUAGAACGACCUUACUGUUGCCCACAAAAGGUUUACGAACUUAUGAAAUUGUGUUGGAAAUUUGAACCGACACAACGGAAAAAUUGUUCACACGUGUUCAACAUAAUCAAGACAUGGUUGGAUGAUCAAGAGUCGUUUAUAGGAGAGUCAUGGCAACGAUUACUUUUGCCUCCAUUACCCGAUCGUCGGCCGACGAUUAAAAAGGCAAAGUUAAAAUACUUAAACAUUCGAACUGAGGUGACAUUAUGAUGAUUCAGCGAUGUUUAUUCCUCUGAAUAAUCUUUCAUUAUACACUUAAAAAUAGAAUUACACAGUUAAAAUUUAAUUUAUUGAAAUUUGUAUAAAUAUUCGCCCAAACAUUUGUCGCUUAAA